AUUUAUUUGUUUUUUAGACUCCAGGUACUUUGGGAGAAUUAUUUGUGUAAUUGAGUUCGUUUGUAUUUAGUUGUCGAAAAUCUAAGCCUUUGUAGACCUACUGCCUAAUGAAAAUCUCUGGAAGGUGUUGAUGGACAGCGUGAUGUUCUGUUAGCAGCUGAUGUCCAACGUCACAGAGAGUUGGCAUGGCUCCUGUAGUCUUUGGCUGUGACCGCACUUACUGUAAGCAUUCAUUAAGUGAUUGGUUAUGGAUAUCUGUGCCCCUGUUGUGACAAAAAGGGCGUGUGAUCAAAGAGGGAAGCCAGGAACCAGACUGCUCAGUUAUAUGUGGUAAACAGGAUUCCAGGCCUCGUGGCUGGCUCUUGCUUUUUCAAGCUGUAUUCAGGAUAAAAUAAUGGCUCCUAGAUAUACACCCGCCUUAAAAAGCUGUAGGCAGUUAGGUAGAUAAGUGAAAUAGGAGAUGACAUGAGGGACCAUGCUAUAAAAGAAUAGCAAACAGUCUGGAUUUUUCUAGACUAACCACUGAGAAUGUAUAGCAGGUUAAUGUCCCAGUUGAACUGUUUGCUGUGGAAUGGAACAUAUCUGUUAUGGAAUCUCCAGAGGAAGUGGCACAGCUAACUGAAGAUUUAUGCAUUUAUACAGAUCUGUUUGACGUCCAUCUUUCAAAGGAACUGCAACACCCCACCCCUACCAGCAUUCGAGGGUAAAGGCUUCCAAAGCUAGGAGAGACUCGAUCAGCAGGCUGCAACCCCCCCCCCUCCCCCCACUGAACAGACCAUGAACUGACCGCCCAGUGUCCUGGCCCUCGUGCUGUUUCCCUCUUUAUUUUUUCCUGCGGGGUAAGAACUUCUUGAUCAGCUCCCGCAGGCAGGGGAUAGAGAAGAGAGGGUCCAUCCCGCCGCUGACAUCACACCCCAUCCCCCCCCCCAGAUCGCCACACACACCUUCGACCUGUCGACUUCCUUCACCUCUCCACCACCAUACAGGAAGCAUGGGGAGAAAAAAGAUUCAGAUCCAGAGGAUCACAGAUGAGCGCAACAAACAGGUGACGUUCACCAAGCGCAAAUUCGGCCUGAUGAAGAAGGCCUACGAGCUGAGCGUGCUGUGCGACUGCGAGAUCGCCCUCAUCAUCUUCAACCACUCCAACAAGCUCUUCCAGUACGCCAGCACCGACAUGGACAAGGUGCUGCUCAAGUACACCGAGUACAACGAGCCGCACGAGAGCCGCACCAAUGCCGACAUCAUCGAGACUUUACGAAAGAAAGGCUUUAAUGGCUGCAACAGUCCGGAGCCAGAUGGGGAGGACUCUAUUGACCAAAGCCCCCUGAACGACGACAAGUUCCGCAAGACCAACGAGGACCUGGACAUGCUCUUCAAAAGAUACGGCUCUACAGUCCAGCCUCCCACUUUCUCCAUGCCUGUCACAGUCCCAGUGACCAAUCAGAAUACACUACAGUUCAGCAACCCCAGCAGUGCCCUGGUUACCACCUCCUUUGUGACAUCAUCUCUGUCGGACCCCCGCCUCUUAUCACCACAGCAACCAGCCCUACAGAGGAACACAGUGUCUCCAGGGUUACCACAGAGACCAGCCAGUGCAGGGGCACUUCUAGGAGGUGAAUUGAACAGCUCAAAUGGAGCAUGUCCGAGUCCAGUUGCAAAUGGGUACAUCAGCGCCAGGGCCUCCCCAGGUCUCCUUUCCGUCUCCAACGGCAACAGUCUGGUGAAAGUAGUUCCGGCCAAGUCUCCUCCUCCGCCCAGCCCUCAGAUGGUGAACAGCCGCAAGCCGGACCUCCGGGUCAUCACCUCUCAGGGUGGCAAGAGCUUGAUGCAGCUGACGGAGGAGGAUCUAGAGCUGAAUGCCCAGCGGUUAGGCGGCUCUCAGGUGACACAACCGCUCACCACGCCGGUGGUCUCCGUGGCAACACCGAGCCUUUUGAGCCAGGGACUGCCCUUCUCGGCCAUGCCGACCGCCUACAACACAGAUUACCAGUUGACAAGUGCUGAUCUCACAGCACUCCAGGCUUUCACAUCACCGGGUGGCCUGUCGCUAGGCAACAUGUCCGCUUGGCAACAGCAGCAGCAGCCACAGCAGCAGCAGCAGCAACCAUCCGUAUCUCAGCAGCCACAGCAGCAGCAACAACAACAACAGCAACAACACCUGAACCUGGCUUCACUCAGUAACUUAGUCAUGUGGGGCGUGGAUAAACAGAGCGUUGAGAUGUCUAGCUGCAUCUCCAGUCUUGCUGCAAACCUAAGCAUGACAUCGCAGUCAAACUUGCUCUUGGGCAGGGAAGAAGGGUUCAACUGGCCCGUGGGUCACUUACCUCAGGGCACCACACUGACGGUCAACACCAACCCCAACGUGAGCAUCAAGUCUGAGCCCAUCUCGCCAAACCGGGACCGCAGCACCCCCUGCUCCGCAUCCGGCGGCGUCCUGACGACCGUCGCCCAGUACCCCGGGGCCCUGCGCCUGGAGACCACCGGCCGAUCGCCCGUUGAUAGCCUCAGCAGCAACGGCAGCUCCUACGAGGGCAGUGACCGCGAUGACGGGGCCCAGGCACGGCCUCCUGACUUCAGCUCCACGAUGGCGCCUCUGCGGCCUUCAACUGAGGCGGAGCAGGAGGGCUCCAACGUCAAGCGGAUGAGACUAGAUGCCUGGGUCACAUAAAAAGGAAAAUUUAAGAGGUGUACAUGAUGCCCACCCCCCCAUCCAGCCAUCCAUCCACACUGAUGCUACUGCCACCAACCAUCACGGCCUCCUGCCACUACCAACACAUACACGCACACACACAUGCUAGUGCACACAGCUCACAUUGACUGAGUCAAACAAACCAGAGAUUGCCCUUCUGCUUGGAGUGGUCUGGAUUUAUUAAGGACCUGGGCAGCAAAAUAUGAAACUUUAAUUGUUAAUUUUAAAAUAUUUAUCCUUCAGUGCAGAAAGGGGUGGGGGGAGAUGGGAGUUCUGGGUCAACAGAAAGAGAUGAUAUGUGUGAGAGAAGGACAGGGGGCUUUUUCCUACCUUUGUUUUCAGUUCUGUCUAGUAUGGUCUAUGAUUCCUCUGGAUUCCACAGUUAAUUUUUCGUUGAGGUUUUUCUUUGUUGAACUGCACUGCUCUGUAGCCGUAGGACACGCGAGUCAUUCUAAGCACUGGCCUGAUCACGGCUUGGAUUUCUACUGUUUUUUUUUUCCCCCCCUUUGCAGCACAGGUUGUGUUUUGCUUCUCGCAAACAGGCCUCACGAACCCUGUCGUCCUCCCCGCAUCGGCCAUCGCAUGCAUACCAGCUUGGCGACACCCACAUCCCCAAAAAGCAUAGAACCGCUAAAGCUGUCAGCUUCAAAAUUAUUUUUCUGACUUGCAGCCUUUUUGCGUACAAUUCUCUAUUCUGAAGCCCGACAAAUACUUUAAUUAGGUGGUCGCUCCGCUAUGCAGGCUACAGGAUCAGAAUAACUAUUCGAAAUGAAGAGUUGUGAAGAUUCUCUGUAGACGGUGAAGGUAAACCAAGCUUUUUUGGAAGCAAGAGUGUGACUGAGUUGCUUCUUUUGUUGUGUAACACAAGGGUAGCCGCCUGGCGGGAUGCAGAGAUAGAAUAGGUUCAGCGAUGGGCAGAUACACCUAUUUGGUUUAAUUCACCCACCCUCCCCCACACACAGACAUGUUAUUCCCUUCUCUGCCUCAAAAGAUCUGCUUGUCUGUUUUUCUUUGAGAGAACUGCGGCCUUCUGUUCUCUUUAAGUGACGAUAUCCAGCCUUACAUUGGAGGAGGUAAGGAGAGCACACUGAUAGAGCGCGUUGCCACACCCACCACACGGCAACUCGCCUCAGGGAGGAGAACCCGAGUGCAGCCGUGCGGCAGGUGACACCUCAGCACCACACUAGUUCGGAUGUAAUGGAACAGUGUGACGUUUAUUUCCCCUCUCAGUGGCAGGAAUGCCAAUCCUGUCACCAACCCCCAGACCUUGUUGCAUGUACCCAGGAUGAAGCAAUUGCAGAUUAAGGGCCCAGCAGAGUAGGAUCACUCCUGGCAUUCACAGUAUUUGAACCAGCAACCUUCUGAUUGCUGGCACAGAUCCCUAGGAUUGAAGCCACCAGUCUGCCCUAUUAACCUUUUAUAACCCAUUAAAUCUCUUCAUUAUAUCAAAGGGAGAACCAUCCAGCUGGACUUCCUCUAACUAUUGCUGUUCUCUGCUUUCUGAUCGCAGUUCAUAUAUAAUUUUUGCUCUUUUUGAUGGCUGCUUAAUUGAUUGAAUAUCACGCUAUUUAAUAAAGUUUUUUUUUUUUUUUUGGUAAAAAAAGAAACAGCCUAGCUUGAAUUUAAGGGGGCUGAAGGGUGUUUCUGUGAAUGAGAAACAAAUGAAGAAACUCUGCUUUCAGUGUUUUACAGCUGACGGCUGUCAUAUUAAAGCAGGUGAUAUCGAAGGUGAGCAGUGACAUAUAUAUUGAGGCGGUCUUUGGUGGUCUCUUUGAUCUUUAGUUCAUCAGAUGUCUAGGAGUCGGGUGACAGUAUGGCAUGUGUUUGUGUAUAUUAUAUACAUACACCUUUCGAUGAUGGAUGGAUGGGGGAUAUAUAAAAAUCUGAAUAGUAAGCUCCAAGCAGAAAUGCUGGAGGGCCAGUGAAGGAGGUGAUGGAGGAGAUGACUGUUUGAAUGGCUUUUAAUAUUUACUUUCAUAAAGCGCACUUUAAACUCCCACCCCUGUCCUUUGUGGAAGCCACGGUUUUGGCAUUAGCUUGUCCCCUUCUGGCUCUUGGGGGACAGUGAAGCCGUCUUGUACUGUUCCUAAGGCGAGGGGGUUUUCCCCUCGCUCAGCCUUGUCUCUCUGGCAUCGCCUGUUCCCCUUUUACUCUCCGUUUUCCCCACCUGGCCACCUGAUCUUCACAGCGGCCUUGUGCAAAAUCUAGCUGUCGUCUGGUCGAAGGGUGAUUCUUACCACCGAUAGCCCUCUGCUCAGCCUCCGUUUUGUUUACCGGAAACCCUCUCCUCUCCUCUCCUCUCCUCUCCCUCCCGAAGCCGUCUGUCUGGCUCUAGGACAGAGGCGCUUUCCAAAGCCCAUCUUUGCACUUCUGAAAUAGAGUAGCAGAGAAUAUGUAAAAACAAAAACACAAAAAAAAAACAAGUGACUCCUGUAAAAUAAAAGCUAUUUACUCGUUAUCUUUACGACGUGUAUUAAAAUUCUGCAAUACUCCAGAAUCGUCUAAUAUUUUUAUCUGUCACGUACAGUAUAUUGAGUAUUUUAUAGUGUGUCUAUUGUUAGUGAAAAGGGAUUCACUAUUUCUUAUGAAGGCUGGGAAAUUAAGACGUAUGUUUUAUUGUGGUUCUUGGUAGGGAGGGAAACUUCUUUGGGUUAAACUUCUAGGGGCAGAUGAGUGUCCUAGCCCCCCCCCCCCCCCCCUAAAUAUUUUGAGUAUUACUGCAUCCAGGCGGAGAUGAUUUGGAGGAAAUGGUCAGAGCACAAACAAGUAGCAAGUUUCUGAAGUGUCUAAGAAAUGUUUUCAGCAGUGGCAUGUCCACAACGUUAUGCCUCUUCCAUGAUGUCCAUGCACAGGAGAACAAUAGCACUGCUACUGGUAUCAGUUACACCAAUAUUGAUACAGCUGUAUUUCCUUAUUGAAUUUGUCCGGAAGUCACUUAAGAGCUCAGUUCUGUUUCAUGCUCCUGCUGUUUUUUUUGUUUUUUUUUUUUGUGUGUUUUUUCGAAUUUAUUCAAGCUGGAAACAUAUUUUUUUUUUUCCUUUGUGCACCAUCGUUUGGCAGCUGCAGGUUUUAGAAAACAAACCAGCUUGGUGAUGUGGAUCUUCUGUGUACCGUCAAAGGCCGCAUCUGACCCAUAAAGUAUCAAAGUACGAACUCUUUCAGUUGUGGGUCACUUUGGCGGACGAGAAGUUCUUGAUGGAACAUCUCCCACCCACCCCGGCAAGCCCAUUCAUAAGUACUUGACGAAAAUAUCGGCGAGGUUAAUUUCUGGACUGUAACAUCUAUCUAUAAGUUAAGGUCACUGUCAUGGUAUCUCUGCGAUGAAUCAGGGGACUUUCUCACUAGUGAGAGAACCAUUCUCCAUUAAUCAGCCAGCAAUACAGGUUCACUUUGCGUCACUCCACCGCAGUCCUCGCAACCAAAGUCACAUGCCGUGCCCUUCCUGUCGACGUCCUUCAGUGCUGUCCCUUUCCUGCUCUUUAUAGGACAUUGCUGAACGCGCUUGCAGACCUCAGAGGAAAAGCCUGACUGUAAGAGGCACUGACUGUAUAGACUGGCAUGGUAGUUUUAAAGGGAAACCUUAUACAUCACCGAUGGGGCACACCAGCGAGUGCUGUCUAUGGACAAAGACACAGUCUCCAAAGGCUAUGAGACACUUACCUACAGCUGAUCCGCAACUGGCCGUAUAGCAAAGGAAGCGAAGGCCAGGGUACAUGCCGGCCAGAGAGGACAUGGGUCUCGGCCUUGUCUGCUUUUAGGUACUUUGGCUUUAAACACUGAAACUUAACAGCUGUUGUUCUGACAUUGAGCGGAGUCAUUGUAAUCAAAAGGAAUGACAAUCUUAAAGAGGUGACCUGUGCCCCUUAUUUCACAUGUAUAAUGUUGUUUUAGACUAUCACUCAUUUUGUAGUGUUAAUUUGUGCUGGUGACAGUUCUGUUGUCUUUUUUUUAUUAAUAUUAUAGUUAUUGUUAUUACUAAUAAUGAUAAUGGUAAUAAUAAUAAUGAAAGCCAAUCGUUUUCUGCCGUUUUGUGUGGGGUAGAAUUCUUUUGUUUGGAUUUUUUUUUUUUGUUUUUGUUAUAUAAAUAUUAUAUAAAGUAUAUUUUUGUUUUCUGUUUGUUCCUUUUUUCUUCAAAGGGGUGUUAACUAAUAUUGCACGGUUUAUGAAUAAAUUGUAGUAAUAUUAGUGCGUAUAAAUAAUGGAGUAAUGACAAAACGCAAGGUGAAUAAAACUACCAGUCGAUGCUGCAAUUUUUAGUCUAAUGUUUAAAAAACUGGUUAAUACAUGAAGUGGCAAGUGCACAUUUAAUUUAUUUCUGAUCAGACACAAAGAUAUCAGUAAUGUAAAUGCAUGGUAUUAAGCAAAAUAUGGAUCAGUAAUCCAUAUAAAUAUAUAAAAGAAAAAUAUUAUCAAUGGGAUUAUAAAUCACAAGAUGUAACGGAAGAAAAAGGUUUAAAAUAAGAAAAUUAUAGCUAAUAUAUUGUGUUUGGCUAGUCUGCUUUGAGUUUUGUAAAAAAAUAUAUAUAUAUAUAAUAAAAAAUAAAAAGUUUUGUUUUUGGAGAA